UUUUGGCCGCCGCCAGCACCACCAGAGCCGCCGCUGCAGCCGCCGCGAUGGAAAACUAUCGAAUGAAGAGCUACAAGAACAAAGCCCUAAAUCCCGAGGAAAUGCGCCGGAGAAGAGAAGAGGAAGGGAUUCAGCUGCGCAAACAGAAACGAGAGCAACAGCUCUUCAAAAGAAGGAAUGUGGAGUUGAUCAAUGAAGAUGACUCCAUGUUUGAUAGUCUCCUGGUGGAUUCCUACGUUACUUCCACAACAUGUGGGGAGGGAUUGAUCACAGGAGAGAUGGUAGAGAUGCUGUUCUCAGAUGACCCUGACCUACAGCUAGCAACCACUCAGAAAUUCAGGAAAUUACUCUCCAAAGAGCCAAAUCCUCCAAUAGAUGAGGUGAUAAACACUCAGGGAGUGGUGGAGAGAUUCGUGGAAUUCCUGAAAAGAAGUGAAAAUUGCACAUUACAGUUUGAGGCUGCGUGGGCCCUGACAAACAUCGCCUCGGGGACUUCCCAACAAACCAAAAUUGUCAUUGAGGCUGGGGCAGUUCCCAUAUUUAUAGAGCUCUUAAACUCUGACUUUGAGGAUGUUCAGGAACAGGCUGUCUGGGCAUUGGGGAACAUUGCUGGAGACAGCUCUGUGUGUAGAGAUUACGUCCUUAACUGCGCUAUUCUUCCUCCCUUAUUAAUGCUCCUUACCACGUCCACCAGGCUGACAAUGACACGAAACGCUGUCUGGGCCUUGUCAAACCUGUGCAGAGGGAAGAGUCCACCUCCUGAAUUUGAUAAGGUGUCUCCCUGCCUGCCAGUGUUGUCCCGAUUGUUGUUCAACAGUGACUCUGACCUGCUGGCAGACGCGUGCUGGGCUCUGUCCUACCUGUCCGAUGGUCCCAACGAGAAGAUCCAGGCUGUGGUGGACUCAGGGGUGUGCAGGAGGCUGGUGGAGCUCUUAAUGCACAACGAUUACAAAGUGGCCUCUCCAGCUCUUCGAGCAGUUGGCAACAUCGUGACAGGGGACGACAUCCAGACCCAGGUGAUCCUAAACUGCUCAGCCCUGCCUUGCCUCCUACAUUUAUUAAGCAGUCCCAAGGAAUCCAUCAGGAAAGAGGCGUGCUGGACCAUAUCCAACAUCACAGCAGGGAACAGAGCACAAAUCCAGGCAGUCAUAGAUGCCAACAUUUUCCCAGUGCUGAUAGAAAUCCUACAGAAAGCAGAAUUCCGCACGAGGAAAGAGGCAGCCUGGGCCAUCACCAACGCCACGUCAGGAGGGACUCCUGAGCAGAUCAGGUACCUGGUGAAUUUGGGUUGUAUCAAGCCUCUGUGUGACCUGCUGACUGUCAUGGACUCCAAGAUUGUUCUGGUGGCACUGAAUGGGCUGGAGAACAUCCUGAGGCUGGGAGAGCAGGAAGCCAACCAGAGUGGGACUGGGAUCAACCCCUACUGCAGCCUGAUCGAGGAGGCCUAUGGUUUGGAUAAAAUAGAAUUCCUCCAGAGCCACGAGAACCAGGAGAUCUACCAGAAAGCCUUUGAUUUGAUCGAGCACUACUUUGGGGUGGAGGACGACGCGGCCGUGGCUCCCCAGGUGGAUGAGAACCAGCAGCAAUACAUCUUCCAGCAAUCCGAGGCUCCCAUGGAAGGAUUCCAGCUAUAAUACGCCCUGGGGAGAAUCCCCAAAACAACAACAGCAACAACAAAAAAACCCAAAACAACCACCACAAACUUUCUGGAAAGUUUGGGCGAGCAGCUGCUGGUCUUGGCUGGGAAGGCUGGACAUCCACUCCACCUGUUUAGGAAAGCUCUGCAAAUACAAACAGCGCUCGGUCCUCCCGGAAAGAAGGGGAAUUUCUGCUCCUUGUUUCUUUGGGCUGCUGCUCCCGUGGCUUUGGAGGCAGGAGGGACACGGAGGUGACAGGUGGCACCUCUUGGUGGCUUCUUCUUUGUGGUGGUGUCUCCCCAAUGCAGUUCUUACCUCGGGUACUCCGGCCUUGGGUUGGGUGAGGACACGGAGAGGAGGGAGCUGUUCUGGCCACAGUAAUUCUGAGAAAUGUGGGUUGAUCUAUUUAAAUUUUUUUUUCUUCUUUUAUUUUUUUUUUUUUUUUUUUUGGUUUUUUUUUUUUUGGUUUUGCACAUGUUACUCUUUAUUAAAGACUCUUAAUAUGCCAAGAGCAAAGUUUAGCCCUGGCUUUCCUCCCAGGGCCCAGUUCCCUGAUGCAAAAUACUGAAAAUGGACAGAAAAAUGAGAAAUUCUCUCACUGCUGGGAAGUUUGUUUUUGUUGUUUUUUUUUCCUGCUGCUUCCCUUUGUCUAGAUAUUUUUUUUGGUUGUUUUUUGAAGAACUGCUAGUGGUAUUUCCAAGGAGUCAAAAAAAAAAAAGCAACAAGAGCCCAAAGAUGGGAACUGGGGUGGCUUUUUUUGGAGCAGGAAGCACAGCUGCUGUUGCACAGGUUUGGUUUGCAUUGUACUGACUGCUACCAGAGCUCUGAAAUGCUGAAACCCACCUUCAUCUUUACUUGAAAUACUUUAUUUUCCAUGAGAAACGUGGUCUGAAUUCUGGGUUUUUCCUGCCUUGGGGUGGUUUGGGGUGGAGGAAGAUUUCUCUCCACCUGACAGCGGUGGUGGGAGCUCCAGCAGCACCAGGUUUUCAGGUUUACCUCCUGCUCACAGUCGGAUAAUGCACAUUUUACUUCCAAAAACGGCAAAUCUCUGUAUUUUUUAUAUUAUAGAUAGGUAGAUUAUUUGUCUAAUUGGGCCACAGAGAAAACUAUAUAUAUGAAAUUUCUGCAAUUCCUGUAAAUAAGCACUGUGAGGCAGGCACACCUGGAAACCACCGGGCUCAGGGCUGGCCCGCUGCUUCUCCCGUUCCCUCCCAUCCUCUGUGCGUGACCACGGAGCUCCCCGAGCCUCCUCGGCGCUUUUUGAGUGACUUUGCCACGAUUUCAUUAAAAACAGAGGAGCAAACACCGAAUUCUGGGGUGUGGCGGGGCAGGGGGGGAGCCGAGCCCUUGUUGUGGAACGAAUAAACUCCGGCUGUGCAGGUG